AUGAUGGUUGCCGGCCUCCUCGUGCGCCAAUGCGCAGCGCUCGAUGCUCAGAUCCGCGUUGAGCGCCAGCCAAAGGUGGAAGACUCGCAAGCCAGCUUGGGCCACGCCGUCUAUGCCUCAUACAUCAAGUUUGAAGGCCGCCAUUAUAUCAAGACUCUCUACAACCAACCCGAGGAUGCGGAUGGCGUGCAAAUCGGGAGCUACGUCCCUGGGAAGCACUUUCUCGUGGUCCCCAAAUACGGCAAUUUGGCUGGUUCGUCGAGAUCGCUUCUUGUCGAGAAAAGCAGCGAGCAUCAAACGAAAUCGGUUGGGUGCACCGAGAAUGAAGAGAAAGAGGCCAGGAGCACAGACCGGGGAGGAGUUUGGAUGGCCUACGACCAUCUCGGCGUUCGGCAGAUAUUCUAUGUUCCACCCGACAAGAAAGAUGCCUGGAACUCCAGGUUCCCCAAGGUUGAGUAUUUGUCAUAG